AUGUGUCACACCGUACCUACCGACAGCCCGAAACUCCCCAUUGCCAGCAGACGGCAGCUACGCCGCCUCUCCUCCCGCACAGCAGCUAUCCUCUACCGCACUCCGCAACACAACCCACCAUCACUAUUAGCCGGAAGCCUUGUCGGUCAGCGCAUGUUCGACUUCAACCAUAUACCCAAACGUGCCACUGUGGACCGGACAUGCUACCUUCGGACUGCUGCAAGCUGA